AUGUGCGGCUACACUUCGGAGAAAAAUUUGGUUCGUCUGCAAAUGUGCUUAAAGGGGAAGGCUUCCGAAGCAGUGGAGUGCAGGCUUAUGCAUCCGUCAAAUGUACAGGGAAUCAUCUCUACCUUGAAAAUUCUGUAUGGAUAUCCUGAAGUCAUUGUGCAAAACUUGAUAGCCAAGAUCAGGUUCACACCACCACCAAAAGCGGAUCGAUUAGACACACUAAUCGAAUUCUCCUUGGCCAUCCAGAAUUUAUGUGCCACAAUUGAAGCAUGCCAGCUGCAUGAAUACGCAUACAAUGUCGCGCUUCUACAAGAGUUAGUCUCCAAGCUUCCUUCGUCGAUCAAGGUCGAUUGGGCGAAAUAUCGACGAACUCUGCCAAGGGUCAAUCUCUCUGUAUUUUCGGCAUGGUUGUACGAGCUUGCGGAGACAGUUUGCCCAAUAGUUACGUUAGCGAAUAGAGAAUCAAUAGCGGCUCGGGGGAAAAAGGAUUCAGCUUUCCUGAACGCACACGCAGAAGAAACAGAAAAUAUCCAGCGAUACAAGCCAAAUCAAGAAAUCAAACGUGCAUCAUUAAAUCUACCAUUCAAGUCCUGCGUAGUGUGCAAAGGUAGUUGUCCAAGUGUAGAGAAGUGUAUACGGUUUGCUGAACUUGGUUACAACUCACGUUGGGCGGUGGUUAAGGAAUUUGAAUUAUGUAGAAAGUGCCUCAAGAAACACAAAACGUCGUGUAGAUCUCAACAAGUUUGUGGGAAGAAUGGAUGUCAAUUCAAACACCACAUCCUGCUCCACAAUAACCAACGAGAUAACGCUAAGUCAGUUAACACGUCACGUCAGGAAUCUAAACCGACGAACGCCGCGCCGAAUAAGACAGAACGUGACUGUAAUACCCAUCUAAAGCUCACUAACACAAUGCUAUUCCGUGUCGUUCCGGUUAUUCUAUACGGACCUAGGAAAACCGUGAAAACGUAUGCCUUCUUAGAUGACGGAUCUUCAUAUACGUUAAUGGAUGCUUCACUUGCAGCAGAGCUACAGCUAAAAGGUAUACCGGAACCUCUAUGCCUCCGGUGGACAAGUAGUCAGAGUCGUUCAGAGAAUGAUUCACGUCGGUUGAGCGUUGAUAUUUCGGGCACAACAAAUAAUUGCAAGAGAUAUCGUCUCCAGGAGGUACAUACAGUAUCUAAUCUCGACCUAUUUCACCAAUCCGUUAUCGGAAAUGAACUAUCCGAUCAAUAUCAUCAUCUGCGAGGUAUUCCGGUUGAAUCCUAUCACGAUGCUCAACCCCGCAUUUUAAUUGGAAUUGAUAACGCCAACUUAACACUACCAUUGAAAGGAAAAGAAGGAAGCUGGGGUCAACCAAUAGCUACGAAAACACGAUUGGGCUGGAUCAUCCACGGUGGUAUAGAACAAGUCACCGAUUAUGUCAGUUAUCAUAGCCCUCAAAAGUGUUCGUGUGGUGUGACGAAUGAUGCUGUACUGCAUACUGCGGUAAGCGACUAUUUGUCUAUGGAAAGUUUAGGAAUUUCCAAACCCAAACACAAUUUGGCAUCAGUCGUGGAUCAGCGUGCCGUAGAUAUUCUCAAGACUAUCAAGCAAGACGAAAACGGACAUUACGUUUCCAAUUUGCUCUGGAAGUAUGACGAUUUCCACCUUCCGAAUAGCAAACCCAUGGCUUUACAACGAAUGCGAUGCUUGGAAUCUCGAUUGAAAAAAGAUCCUGAAUUAGCAACAGUGCUUCGAACAAAAAUUCAUGAAUAUCUCGAGAAAGGAUACGUACGGAAGCUAACGGAUGAAGAGUCGAAAGAAACACGGCAACGAGUUUGGUAUCUCCCGAUCUUCCCCGUUUUCAAUCUCAACAAGCCGGGGAAGGUGCGCAUCGUUUGGGACGCGGCAGCAAAAGCCAGCGGUGUGUCGCUGAAUUCGAUGCUGCUGACAGGACCGGAUCAGCUGACGUCUCUGUUUUCGGUGCUCAUCCAAUUUCGAGAAAAUAAGGUGGCAAUAUGUGCUGAUUUGCGGGAAAUGUUCCACCAAGUGCGGAUUUCGAUCGAAGAUCAAAACUGCCAACGGUUUCUUUGGAAGGAACACCCUACGGACCCAGCACCAAGCAUCUACGUAAUGCAGGUUAUGACAUUUGGUGCAUGUUGCUCGCCCAGUAUUGCACAAUAUGUAAAAAACAUAAAUGCGGAGAAGUAUGCAGGAAAGUUUCCGGCGGCAACGAAAGUGAUUAUCAAGAGCCACUAUUUAGAUGACAUGCUAGCUAGCACGGAGACGGAGUAUGAGGCAAUCAAACUAGCACAAGAAGUCAGGCACGUUCAUGCGCAAGCCGGUUUUGAGUUACGCAACUGGAUCUCCAACUCGCCUACAGUUAUCAACGCUUUACAGGAUGAACGAGUUGACGAGAGAGGUCUAAACCUGGGAUCUGAACUUGCUACAGAAAAGGUGUUGGGCAUGUGGUGGUGCACCACAACCGAUACCCUUACCUUCAAGCUAUCACCGAAACAUGAAGCAGAUCUGUUAACUGGAAAAAGAAAACCUACCAAAAGAGAGGUGUUACGAACACUUAUGACCAUCUUUGACCCUCUGGGGCUGCUUUCGAAUCUGCUAAUCUAUCUUAAGAUCCUGCUUCAAGAAAUUUGGCGCUCGGGAAUCGACUGGGACGAAGAAAUUCCAGAAGGUAUUGACGAAAAAAAAAGUGGUUGGAAGUCCUUCCGCUGGUACAGAAUGUCCACGUACCAAGAUGUUAUCGAAAACUUACGUCGAUGGGCCAGGCGACCAAUGUACAGUUGCACACCUUUGUCGAUGCUAGUGAGAGCGGUUUUGCAGCAGUCGUCUUCCUUCGUUUCCAACAAGGUAGCACAAUAG